AUGGCGGACGACGCGCCGUCGCUGCAGCAGCCGCUGACGGGGAACUCCGCGACGCCGCGAAAGAAGCGUCCAUGGUCCAUCGUGGAUUUCCUGGUGCAGUUCCGCUGGAUUCUCGUAAUAUUCGUCGUCCUGCCCGUCUCCUUCGCCUUCCAGUGCAACAAGGACUUCUGGGACUGGUGGUCGAACCGCAAGAGCUUCGCGCAGCGCGAGCGCGAGCAUCAGGCCGCGGUGCAGAAGCUCGUGAAUCGCCUCAAAUCGCGCGACCGGCGCCGCGACGGGCUGGUGUGCACGUCGCGCAAGCCGUGGCUGUCCGUGUCGAUGCGCAACUCCGACUACAAGCGCGCGCGGCGCUUCGAGGUCGACAUGAACGAGUUCUGCCAGAUCCUGGCCGUUGAUACCGUGAACCGCAUCGCGCGCUGCGAGCCGUACGUGAGCAUGGGGCAGCUGAGCGCCGUGACCGUGCCGCUGGGAUACGCGUUAGAAGUGGUCCCGGAACUGGAUGAUCUCACUGUCGGCGGGCUGAUCAACGGCUACGGAAUCGAGGGCUCGUCGCACAUCUACGGCCUCUUCCAGGACACGGUGGAGGCGUACGAGAUCGUGCUGGCGGACGGCACGCUGGUGCGCGCGACGCGCGACAACGAGCACGCGGAUCUCUUCUACGCGAUUCCGUGGUCGCAGGGCACGCUGGGGCUGCUCGUCGCGGCCGAAAUCCGCCUCAUCCCCGUUAAAGAGUUCAUGCGCGUUACAUACACGCCCGUUAGAGGCACCCUGCGCGAAAUGACCCAGGCGUAUAUCGACUCGUUCUGCCCGCGCGACGGAGACCAGGAUAACCCAGAUAAGGUUCCGGAUUUCGUGGAGGGGAUGGUGUACACGCGGUCCGAGGGGGUGAUGAUGACCGGGAAGUACGCGUCGCGAGAGGAGGCGACGCGGCCCGGGAACGUGAUUAACAACUGCGGGUGGUGGCGGAAGCGGUGGUUCUACCAGCACGCGACGGACGCGUUAACGCGCGGCGAGUUUGUCGAAUACAUCCCGACGCGCCAGUACUACCACCGCCACACUCGGAGCCUGUACUGGGAGGGGAAAUUAAUCCUGCCGUUCGGCGACCAAUGGUGGUUCAGGGUGCUUCUGGGGUGGAUGAUGCCUCCUAAGGUGUCGUUCUUGAAACUCACGCAGGGCGAGGCGAUUCGGAACUACUACCACGAGCGGCACGUGUGUCAGGACAUGCUCGUGCCGCUCUACAAAGUGGCGGACGCGCUCGAACUCAACGAGCGGGAAUUCGAGGUGUACCCUAUCUGGUUGUGUCCGCACCGCCUUUUCACGCACCCCAUGCGGCAGAUGAUCAACCCGGAGCCGGGCUUCUGGGACCACAGGCGGCAGGGCGACACAGCAAGGGCACAGAUGUUCACAGACAUAGGCCUCUACUAUGCGCCAGGGGCUGUAAUGCGUGGAGAGGAGUUUGACGGCGUGGCGGCGGUUCAGAGGAUGGAGAAGUGGCUCAUUGAGAACGCGUCCUUCCAGGCCCUGUAUGCGGUGACAGAGCUGAACGAGCGGGACUUCUGGCGCAUGUUUGACGCGUCCCUCUAUGCUGCGUGCCGGGAGAAGUACCAAGCAGUGGGCAUGUUCAUGAGCGUGUAUUACAAGUCAAAGAAGGGGCGCAAGACAGAGGCAGAGGUAAUGCAGGAGGAGCGCAAGGAGAAGGAAGUUGCCAUUGCGGAGUCUGCUUAG